CGCACCCGGAAGUGAGAGUGGGAAGGUGAAUUGUACGAGGAUAAACAUGGCUCGUAGUUUGUUUUGCAGAGCUGUCGGUGUGUUUCAGCUCAGCAGGACUUCACCACUGCUGACAGGGAACCGUUUCUACUCUCAGACGGAACCGGAGCCGCUGACGGUGAGACAGCAAAACAACGGAAUAAGGAGAAUAAUAUUGAACAAUCCCAAGAAGAGGAAUGCUCUGUCUUUGUCCAUGCUGGAAUCCCUCAAAGAAAACAUCCUUACUGACGUCAACAGGGAUGAUCUCAGAGUUGUUAUCAUAUCAGCCAAAGGUCCAGUGUUUUCCACUGGACACGACCUGAAGGAGCUGACGUCAGCCCAGGGCAGAGAAUAUCACACAAAGGUGUUUCACAUCUGUGCAGAGGUAAUGACUCUGAUACAAGACAUACCCGUUCCAGUGAUCGCCAUGGUAAACGGUGUUGCCACAGCAGCCGGUUGCCAGCUUGUUGCCAGCUGUGACAUUGCCGUGGCGACGGAGAAGUCCACCUUUGCCACUCCAGGCGUCAACGUGGGUCUGUUCUGCUCGACGCCGGCGGUGGCCAUCGGCAGAGCUGUGCCGAGGAAAGUUGCCAUGGAGAUGCUUUUCACAGGAGCUCCCAUCUCCGCCCAUGAUGCUUUGCUGCAUGGUCUGAUCAGUAAGGUGGUGCCAGAAGAACGACUGGAAGACGAGACGUUAGCCAUCGCCCAGCGGGUGUGUCAGGCUAGCCGACCUGUUGUAGCCCUCGGCAAGGCCACUUUCCAAAGACAAAUGGCUCAAGGUCGAGAUGCAGCAUAUGCCACCGCCUCCAAGGUGAUGGUUGACAACCUGGCGCUAAGAGACGGACAGGAGGGGAUCCGGGCCUUCAUAGAGAAACGCAAGCCAGUGUGGAGCAAUAAAGCAGAAAAAGCCCAUGACUGAUGGACUGUUGACUUUAUCACAGGAGACAGUGAUUAUCCUGACUGGUACAUGUGGUCUUUGGUUACUAGUGUGGAAGAAUAAUUCGCACCAGUCCCAAGUCAAUGUAUGGGCUACGCUACUUUUAAAAUGUAGCUGUGUAAUUUGCAAGAUCACAGCGAUUGAAGUUUGAAUUAUUGACUUCCUGUUCCCUCAGGAUUUUCUGAAGACAAGUAGCUGAGCCAUUGUGUGCCUUAAAAGUUGCUUUGUGGAAAUAAGAAGGACAUGCUUUGUUACCAACCAGAGGACUCCAGAUGUUAUAUGACAUAAUGGACGAAGAAUGCUGCUCUUUGUAUUUGUAUAACUGUAAAUGCAAUUAAUAGGCAUACACAUUGGUAGGAAUUAUUUCAAAUUUCUAGUGUUUUGGAAGGAAAUUACUGCAUCAUUUUCUGCAUAGACAAUAUGAGGUGACUUACAGUUUAAGCUCAUUAGGACCUAUCUGGUUCUUUGAUAAAAAAGUAAAUGCAUGUGUACAUGAAGACAUAAGAGGAGACAUCGCAAGCUGCAUUUCGGCAUGUAAAGGGAUAGCUUGGAAUCCAACCACCAAGCAUAAAAUAGCUGUGUGCACUGCAAAUGGUGAACAGAAACUAAAUGUUUCACACGCAGUUUAAAUCAGUUUUGGAUUCUUGGUCAGUUUUAAAUGAAUUUUUUAUCUAUUGGGUAAAGGGUGGUGUUUUAAUCCCAUUUGCGUCAAUGAAGCAAUUUCUCAGCAGCAAAGUUAAAAUAAAUGGAUGCCCUAACAUAAAGCUAUUUUAUCAUUGAAUUAUUCAUAACAUUAAUAUCCUCAGAAAAUUGAGGACAUUCAAAGAAAACUCUAUAAUGUAAUGUAUAUAACUUUAUAAUAAGUUGAAAAAUACUCCUGGAGCCAACUGGUUACUUUUACUUUGCAACACAAUUGCGGUCCUACAAGGUUGCCAUCAAGUAGGGCUAUUACUAAAAAAAAAAUUUCACAAUAAAAUACUUACCACGAAGUAUAUGAAUAUGGUCAUGACCAAAAUAGUUUAUUAAUUAUUUUUAAAUUAUUUUAUUAUCAGGUACAUUUAUAUUAGUUAUUUUCUAUCAUUUAAAAAUUUCCGUAUUUACUAACAUUUUAAAAUUUCCGUAUUUACUAACAUUUUUAGUUUAUAUAUAGAUGAGGUCACAUCCGUCCGCCAUCUUUGUUUUAAGGUAAUUUCCGAAAGCAGGUCAGAAACUUACUCGACGGAGUAACUUUUUAUACUAGACGAACAGAAGUGACUCUAGAGAGGCUUUCCAACAGCGUGAUCAGUAAAAACUUCAAAGGCUGGUGCAUCCUGCAACAUUACGAUGCAGCGUGACAGUCAGAAGAGUCUUGCCAUUUCUCUAUCGUCCAAUCACAGCAGCAUGGACUCCUGCAUGGCAAACGCCUCCUGUGCGUGCCUGUAGUGUGGUCCUCCAAACAGCUGGGGGAGCUGUUGCCUUACGACAGGCUGCUGCUCCUGGAACUGUGUCCUGUAGUGAAGCAGGCCGUCUGGGUUGGGGGGGAAAGUAAACUCCUCAACGGGAGACAUUUGGGCUCGCUGGAAGCUGGGUGAGCGCGGCAUCCCACCUGGGGAUUGAAGGGGCAGCCCAUCCUCUGGAGCCCACGGGAGCCCGUCUACAGGCCGCCGAGGCCCGCCUUCUGGCAGGUAGUGCGGGUUCACUUCGCCCCUCCGAUGCCCCUCAAACCUGUAGUCCACCGGAGCGUAGACCUGUGCGGUGGAGGUGAGUUGUUGCAGGUAGAUGGGGGUGGAUCUCCCCUGGGUUUCCAGCUGCAGGGAGUGCUGCGGGGGAGACCUGGCGUUUCGGGGGUUGUGGGAGGAGCUAGGUGGUGGCUGCCUGCGGUAUGUAGCGAAGGAGUUGUUCAUAAGGGCCUUCUCUGGGGAGAGGCUGUUGGUCUGGCGCUGGGUGGUGGCGUACGCUCGUUCCCCGUACACCACACUGGAAGGUGGGGUAAAUCGGGAGGGGGGCGCAUAGAGUCUAUCCUCUCCUCUGUGGUCCAGGCUGACGCUGUACGAUGGGUGGAAGAUAGGGACUUCGGUAGUAGUUCUGCCUGGGGAGUGCUGCUGGGGAGGGGUGUGGUACCGGCUUUGGCUGCCAGGGUAGCUGGCCUGGACCCCCCUUGGACUGUUGUGGGAAAAUGUAGGAGGAAGAGGGUGUUUGGCCAUCCUGGGCCCUGAUGCGACGGAGACGACGCUCCCAGCCAGGCUGGGUCCACGACUGGGGCUGCCCUGAUGGAGGGACGAUGCACCGAACGGUGUCUCACUGCAAGGGAUCCUCAUUCUGGACGGGGGGCUGUCGAGCUCCAGGAUCUCAAAAUCCUGCUCCGGCAUCCCUGGUACAUUGUCAUACUGGGAUGCGUUGGAGCCGCGGUUGGCGUCGGGGAUGAAGCCUUUAGAGCGUGGCCGGCGGUGGGGCGUUGCACUGUCUUCUGGGCUGGAGGGGGCCGGCGACGUCCCUCUGCUCAGAUGGACUUCCCGGGCAGCUGCUGCUUUGACUGCUUCCAGUUUUGUCUCGGAGGGUUUGAACCAGCGGGGAGUGAUUUCUUUGCGAGAGCUGGAGGCCGCAUUGGAGUUAUGGUUGGCGGUGGCGUGGCUCUGAGGCUUCCCUCUUUCCCCUGUAAUGAGCUGUGAUGUAGGGGUGGGGGCUGAGGGCGGUGUUGCUCCCCUCUCCGGCGUGGUGGAGGUGGACUGCUUUCGCUGCACAUUUGGGAUCUCCCCCGACCCCCUGGAGCGGGCAUCCCUCUUGUCAGCCUUGUGGUGGCGGAUCGAUUUUUCCAGCGAGUCCCGGCGUGACCUGCUGGGGAGGCGACUGUCCCGCUGGCGGUCUGGUACAGGACUCGGAUCCCUGGUAGGCUCGACUGGCUCGGCGUGGCUUUGACCGUUGGCCACGUGGUUCACUGCUGCUGCUGCCUGCUCAGGAGGGAGCUGCCCUAGAGGCUUCUUGGGAUACUCGUCUUCUUUACCUGCAAGAUGCAAACAGUGGAAACGCAUUAGAGCACCAUCGGGAAUCAAAUGUGAACAUUAAUGGUUUGACACACUUUGUGGCGCUGAUUCAGAUGAGGAGUCACAACAGGGACAUGGAUUCAUGCAACACCACUGCCAUAGAGAGACAAGGCCUAGCAGCAGUCCCGCGUCAGACACGUUUCUGGUGUGUCAAGACGUAGAAAAAUCCACGCAGACGCCACGCAACAGAAACGCCCCGCUCACGCCACGGAGCCAGUGUGAGGCCGGCCUAAGGGAAAGUGUGAUCACCAAAUUCAGGCCAGGAGGCAUCAGCUGGAGGGAGAUGAAGUGCUGUAGGAGUCAUCCAGAAUCCUUCUCCACUGGAGACUGUCCUCUGACAUUAUCCUGUCACUAUCCGCUGUAGCAGUACCUGGCGCGGGCAGCUCCAGCUUUGCCUUCCUGAGCUCCGUCAUGGAUGCCUGGAGCUGCUCGACCACAAAGUCGUCCUCGAAGAAGAAAUCUUUGGACAAAGUCACCUGCAGAAACUCCACCAGCUCCUCCAUGGACAGCUUCAUCAGGUGCUCUGCAAAUCACACACACACACAACACAAGUGUUGUUUCAGUUUGGGCAUCAUCUUCUUGAGGAUGCGGUCGUGGUGAUCCUGGAACCGUAUCAGCUUCGGGAAGCCGGGGAUAAAAAACCCUAAAGGCUGUGACGCGAGCAUCGGGAAGGUGGUAAGAUAUGAGUCUGACCCAGCGGAUCUGUGGGAAACCAAUCUUAGACAACAACGCAGUCAACCUGUUCUCCUUCAUCAUCAUCACACUAGUCCUGCCAGGGCUGGCAUGGGGGAUGUGGCCUCGAUAGACUGACAACUGUCAAUGCAGUGCAGCCCGACGACUAACAUGAGAUGGACUGCUGAUUAUUUGAGUAAUAUGUUGGUUGGUGUUGAUUACAGAAGCAUCACACUAAAAGUUAAUACAACACACACACUCUGCCUGCAUACUUGAGAGGCUCUGAUCAUGAUAUCUCUUUGGAAGAAAAAAGAACAGUAAUAAAUACUAACUGAUAAAAACUUUACAGUAACUGAUGGACAGAGGAUAUUUAUGCAGGUUUUAGGAGAACGUUUUAUGGCCCGCAUGCAGAUAUGGAAGUGUAAUGAAAUGGGUUGUGUUUUUGUUCUGUAUUUUAAAUUUGAAGCUGGUUUUUCCCCGCUUAAUGUGAUGUUUCAAUAUUUAAGACUGAUUUCUGGUAUUGUUACGACCAUAAGUUAUGCAGUAUGUUUCAAAGUGAGCCUCAGUCUUCACAGUAUGAAUUUACAUGUUCCUAAUUAAAAAUGUAUUUCCUGUUGUAUUGGCUGUUCAUACUUUUAAAUAAAAGGUGUUUUUUGUUUGUGUGUGAA